GAGAAACUUUUCGUUCAGAAAAGAAGCAGAAGCAGACGACGCUGGGCUGCGUAGUGCCAAACUCAAAACACUGACACAAUGGCCUCUCAAAAUCAAAUGAAAGAAAACAGGGAUGAGUAUGAGUGGAUGAAAAUAAAGGCUGACAUGGAACGGGAACGAUCGGAACUUGCUGAAACUGGAGGGAGUAGAAUUAGUCGAGUAUUCAUGACAAACCCGUUUGUUCCUAUUGGAUGCCUGUCAACAGUUGCAGCUCUAUUAGUAGGACUCAAAAAUUUCUACAAAGGAGAUCAUAAGCGACAACAAGUUAUGAUGCGGGCCCGAGUAGGAGCCCAAGGAUUCACUGUUUUUGCACUUUUGGGUGGUGUAUUUUACCACGCCUUUAAGAAUGAAUAAGUGUAUAGUAAUGUUGGAAUUUCACAGAUUUUACAAAAUACUGUUAGCAGGCCCUCUAGUGAGGUAAAUCUCUGAACUCUUUUCUGUGGCAACCUUUGAACCUUUGUACAGCUAACAGCUUUUCUCUCGAUCUGUCUGUAUCAUCCAAUUGUUUCCAUGUAACUAAUUUAGAAAUUUAUUAAAUAUUAUUUUUGAAAA